UAAGGGCAUUUAUUCGUGUGAUGAGCAUGGAUAUUUAUUCCGGCGUGAUGGGUGUUAUCUAUAUAUUUAAGUAUUUAUAAAUAUUUAUAAUUAUAUUAUAUAUAUCGUUGUCUAAGUACCCUCAACACAAGCCUUAUUGAGCUUAUACUGUGGGACUUAGUCCAUUUGUGUAAUAAUGUCCUAUAAUAUUUAUUAUUAUAUAUUUUAUUAUUAUUACACAUUUUUAAAGUGAGUUUUAGACCUAUGUUCGUGAUUUUUUUCUAUCGAGUGAAAGUCAAACAAUCAGGAUUUUAAUCAAUGAAGUCACUAGAGAAAAUCCUCAUCAUUGCUGUUUACAUUUUUGGCAACCGCAUUGUGAUCUAAAAAACGGUACGAUUUUAAAAAAACUCCGCUCUGAACCUACGGUACCUUAAGUCACACGAACCCGUCGCUAAAGCCACUCUCAUACGAACGAAGUUAUGCUCUCAUUAAAAAAAAAACGUUCAUUUUAUUUCAGAAUAUUGUUUUAAAAUGAGAGCGUGACUGUUAAUUCCUGUCGCUUGCCAUAAUGACGGCUUGACAGGUUAUUCCUAUAAAGAUACAAGCAUGUUUUGCGGGCUACAUUGGUUACCUUAAUUUCUCUGGUAUCCUCGUUUGAACCAUUCAACAAUAUAGUAUUCACUGCUCUUACAUAUUUUAUUACACAAUCUAGCUGAUAGCUAACUCCUGCAAGGACUCCAAGCUAGGGCCGUAGGUAGGGGAGCUCAAUGUGAGUGUAAACAAAGAUAGGUUGAAACACCGUCAAUUUUGAGAUCUAUAACUGUCUUCGAGCAACGCCGGCUUCCAAUCCGACACGUCGAAAGGGAGGAGCUCAAGCGGUAUCAUACCGUACAAAUAAUUCUGCCAUUUUUUGCGAGGAGAUACGUGCUCACAGUCGCACUUCUCACUCACUACAUACGAAAUCCAAUCUGUAAUGACGACACAAAUACCUAGAAAAUGACAUACUUCAAUGACAAAUCUUCCACACCUCGAUCUAUGUGUACGGACGAGUCACAAUAUGCACCGCCCUAGGUACAGUUAUUUAGUUAUUUUUAUUUAAAAACAAAUCAAAGUUACUAACUAUUCACUAUUUAUACAAAAUAACAUAAAAAAGGUUUUCCCGACCAGCGUUUAAAGACAUAGUGUGCAGUAACAGCCCAAAAAGACCGAAGCCUGUGCUAGGGCUAAUUGCAAAUAGGGCUAAUUACAAAUCUUGCGACAUACUCAGAGAGAGUUGUACCUAUGCUUCAGCAGAGGGGAUAUAGCACGAAUGCCGUCUCCCUUGCCGGUGUUGCUCGAAGAUAACUGUUAUAGAGCUGUAAGAAACGAUGUUUAACCGCGUCCCACCAUCCACUGGUACCUCAAUAUGUGUCCUUGCCUCAAGACUGGUAACAUGUCUCAACUUUGAAACAUGUUUGCCCGAUGUUUCAUUUACCCACUUUUUAUUUGACCGAAAGCGUGCUUUUCAAAAACCGUUAAAUUUUUCAAACUUUUGAAAAAAGCAUCAUGUAGAAAUCUUCGGGUUCGUUAAGGUUUGAUUGGUGAAUUCAACGGUUUUUAGAAAACACGCGUUCGGUCAAAUGAAAAUUUCUGGAUUUUAAUAAUCAGAAUUAAAAUUUUCGGAGAUGAGAUAGGUAAUCCUCAAGAGGAUUAUAAAUACUGACGUUGCUGCGAUGCGACUGCUACAAUAUUGACAUUGAUUCCACUUACCUCUCUUUUUUUUAAUACUACGGUGGCAAACAAGCAUAUGGCCCGCCUGAUGGUAAGCAGGAUGGUUUUAACUCAUAUGAUUCUUGAUGGAGGUAAAUCAGCCAUUAAAUAGUCGGCAGGUUUUGGGUUAGCCUUGAAGCAUUUGUGACAUUUACGAAUUAAUCGUUUAAUGACAGUCCGAGAAGACAAAAUGCAGAAUUGUUUACGCAGUAACAACAGUCGCACGGGCGGGGCGUUAUAUGCAAAUUUAAAUCAUGAUAAUAAAUAUAAUAAUCUAUCAACAAAGUUGGUCUCCCCAGCUUCCUUCCCUUUUAUUCGGUGAUCAGUCUAUGCUGGUUACCCGUUUCAAAGGUGUUCUCGCACUAGGUAAGCCGUUGCGAAUUCACCACACCUCUGGAUUAAACCAUUAAUCUCUAGGUGAUUUUGCAAAGGAGCGGUUCAAAGCAUUUAUAGUCGUUUGAUAAUCGCGCGAAGCGAAAUCAGUUUUAAAAAGAUUUACUCGAAAAAAGACUCAAAUUAUACCGUCCACGAGCACUGCAUCUGCGAGAAGACAACAUGCAUCACGGUCUGCCAAAUUAUACAACGUUAUCAACGAAUAUUUAUCCUACUACAUCAUAUGAGGGCAAGACUAGGGGGGUAAGAUUAAGAAUUCAUAACCUUUUGUAGAUGAGCGGUUUUCUGUUAAUACAGGUAUCUUGAAUACUUAAAAAGAGGCACCAGCACAUUUUAUUUUAUUUAUUUAUUUAAUUAACUCGGGUAUCGAAAGUCUCGCUAUGAUAGUUGUUGUUCACAUAGUUGAAUUGGCUUCACUAGGGCUGCUCGGAUACUCGAUCUGUAUGUUAUAGAUAUAAGAAUACGAUCAUAUUACUUACUCAAUACUGUUGUUCCAGAUAGUGAUCGACGCCGACCGCCGCCGGGGCUUGCUAUGAAGCGCAAACUAUGCGCGGGUCCUUCGUUUAACUUCUCAUGCGAAGACGACAUGGAGGAGCUGAAUGUGGCGGCUCUCUCCCGCCGCAAGGAGUCGGCGGCGCCGCUGACGGGGGACAAAGACGGCGCUAUAUUCGGCUUCUCAUACCCUCUCGCUCUGGUGCUGCGCCUGCGCGUACUACAGAUCGUAUGUGGAAUAUCAGCCAUGGUGAUGGGUAGCGUGGCCUUCAUAGAAGAGAGGCAGAAAUUCAACAUGGGUCUCGGCAUACCUGCUGGAGGGAUCAGCGUUUUAGCAGCUGCUGUGUCCAUCCACACAUCGCGAGGUUGGGCUGUGACAAGCGGAGCGACAGCGGGCGCAGGCGUGGCGAGCGUGUUAUGGGCGGGUGCGGCAUGUCUUCUGAUUGCACUGGUAGUGCAGUGCUGCAGGACGAUAAUGGGACCACCUGGGUUAGAACAUGGAGAUGCAUAUGACGAGGAAUCCCGUCCAUCUCCCCGUGACCUGGUCGUCAUAGCGUGCGUGCAAAUCGCUCUCGCUUGUGCUACGCUCCUGAGCGCGGCCGUGUGCGCGCGGAUUGACUGCGCAUGACGCGAACCUCCGCGGGCACUCGCACGCCGCCGCGUGUCCGCGCCCGCAAAUCCCGCGCCUACCCCUCCUAGGGAUAAGGGAGGAAGGGUAGCUUGGUUGAUAUAAAGUGUGACCUGUGCUAAGAAGCCAUGGGCAUAAUACAUAUUCAUAAACGUUAAAAGUGUGACUCAAAUGGUGUUGAUAAUAGUGAAAAUUACUAAGAUAGAAUGUAUACGUUUGAAUGAUGCGGUGGAUUGUAUUAUAGUACAAUUAAAUUUUGUGGUAGUAAGGCUA